UAAAGGGUUGCAGCAUUAGGAAGGUUGGGGGGACCACUGUUCUAGUGCAUUGUUAUUUCCUGCACCCACAAUGCUUCUGUGCUGGGGGGACCAGCAAGGGGGAAUCAGAGACAUCGGGGUUCCCCAAGAUGCUAAGGAGUGGGAAUCAUGGAGGGCCCCAGAGGAAAGGCAUUGGGCAGAAUGCCAGUCUCUGGGAUUCCCUAGCCAACAGUGCCUCCUCCGGAUCAGGGUGUGGCCAGCCUCAGGUUUUGCACGCAGGAAGUCGAAUCGUGGGAGGCCAUGCUGCCUCAGCUGGCACAUGGCCGUGGCAGGCUAGCCUCCGUCUGCAGAAGGUGCAUGUGUGUGGAGGGUCCCUGCUCAGCCCAGAAUGGGUACUCACAGCAGCCCACUGCUUCUCUGGGUCUGUGAACGCGUCCGAUUACCAGGUCCACUUGGGAGAGCUGAAGAUCACCCUGUCGCCCCAUUUCUCCACCGUAAAGCAGAUCAUCCUGUACUCUGCCCCCCCGGGGCCACCAGGGUCCAGUGGAGACAUUGCCCUGGUGCAGCUGGGCACCCCUGUGGCCCUCUCCAGCUGGGUCCAGCCCGUGUGCCUCCCAGAGGCCUCAGCUGACUUCUACCCGGGGAUGCGGUGCUGGGUGACAGGCUGGGGCUACACACGGGAGGGAGAGCCCCUGAAGCCCCCAUACAACCUGCAGGAGGCAGAAGUCUCCGUGGUGGAUGUAGAGACUUGCAGCCAGGCCUACAGCAACCCCAAUGGCACCAUCAUCCAGCCAGACAUGCUAUGUGCCCGGGGGCCUGGGGAUGCUUGCCAGGAUGAUUCUGGAGGGCCACUAGUCUGCCAGGUGGCUGGGACCUGGCAGCAGGCUGGCGUGGUCAGCUGGGGUGAGGGCUGUGGCCGCCCUGACCGGCCUGGUGUCUACGCUCGAGUUACUGCCUAUGUGAACUGGAUCCACCACCACAUUCCAGAAUCGGGUGGUCCAGGAAUACAAGGGUUUUCCUGGAUUCCCCUCCUGGUUGGCCUCUUCUUUCCCAGCCUCCUCCUGCUGUUGGUCUCUGGAGUCCUAAUGGUCAAGUGCUGGCUGGGGAGAUCCGGCCUAGGCUCCACCUCCCACCCAACUUCAGACCUCUGACUGAGGUGUCAC